GGCUACUUGUUGGUACCAAACAAGGGCAUCUUCUUCUUUACCGGAUCAAGAAAGAUGCAGUGCCAGGAGAGGUUAUGUCAUCAGAAAGUAUCUGUUGCAAUAGGUUUGAAGUGACGCUGGAGAAAUCCAACAAGAACUUCUCAAAAAAGAUUCAACAGAUUCACGUUGUCUCCCAAUUUAAAAUUCUGGUCAGUUUAUUAGAGAAUAACAUUUAUGUCCACGACCUGUUGACAUUUCAACAAAUCACUACAGUUUCCAAGGCAAAAGGUGCAUCUCUCUUCACUUGCGAUCUCCAGCAUUCAGGCACAGGGGAAGAGGAACUGAGAAUGUGUGUUGCAGUACGGAAGAAGCUGCAGCUUUAUUUUUGGAAGGACAGAGAAUUUCACGAACUACAG